AUGAUUACUCUCUUCACCAAAUCCUCCUCUGGCUCUUUGGUAUUAUUGACUGUCUAUGUUGAUGAUAUCUUAUUGGCUGGAGAUGAUCUUACUGAAAUAAAAUCCCUGAAGUCCUUUUUGGAUGAUCAGUUCAAGAUCAAGGAUUUGGGUUCAGUCCACUAUUUCUUAGGUUUGGAAAUCUCCAAGACCCCCCCCCCCCCCUCCCAGGGUUAUAUCAUGAGUCAACAUAAAUAUACUAAUGAUCUCCUUGCUGAGUUCAACUGCAAUUAUUUUUCUUCUGUUGUGACUCCUUUGGAUCCUUUUGUUACGUUGACCCUAGACAUGGGUGAUCUUCUCCCUGAUCCUAGUCUGUACAGGAGCCUCAUUGGCAAGUUCAAUUUCCUGCAGCACACUAGACCAAAUAUCUCUUUUUCAGUCCAACAUUUGAGCCAGUUUUUUCAGAAACCUCAUGUUCCUCACAUGAUGGUUGGACUGCAUGUUCUCAGAUAUUUGUUAGCUCGUCCUUCUCAGGGUGUGCUUCUCUCCAACUCUUCUGACUUGUACCUUGUGGCCUAUUCUGAUUCUGAUUGGGAUUCUGGUGGUAUCUCUCGCAAAUCAAUUACUGGGUUUUAUGUGACACUUGGUGGGAGCUCAAUCUCUUGGAAAAGUAAGAAACAACCCACCAUUUCUCUGUCUUCCGCUGAAGCUGAAUACAGGGCCCUAAGGAAAGUGGCUGCUGAAAUCUCAUGGCUGGUCAGACUACUUGGGGAUCUUGGUUUUACUAUUUGCACUCAUGUCCCAGUCCAUUGUGAUAGUUAG